AUGAGAAAACAUUUAUACAAGCACCGAUAUCUUCCGGCGCGAAAUGCUGGCCGCCAAACAACCUGCAGCUCCUCUGCUUUCGUCCCGUGCUCGCUGCGGGUCCUAGCGACGAUUUCUCCAACAACCUAUUCACAGACCUGGCACUGCUGCCAGUCCUCUUCGGAGAAAGGGCCACUACACAAUAUGAGCCAAGCCAUGGGCUGGGCCGACAAUGUUAUUCUGGCAAUAGGCCCGCUGGGCAAAAUCACCGCUAUCGUUGGCGCCAUCUGGGUCGGAGGUUCGUCGUGGCUCAAAGCCAUCACUGGUAGAGCGAGAGAGAGCCGUGCUAUCCUCGCUCCGGCUGCUAUCUGCCAUGUCAAGAUGAUCGAGCUUCUUGCUCCAGGCGCUGCCGCCGAGAAGCAACGCCAUGCCGGCCGAAGUCCAAUGUGGUGGUCGUGGCGCGCCGGCAACGUUCUGCAAGAAGGACCUUAA